UCUCAAGUUAAUCGGCGUCUUUUUUUCCAGUGUUCUGAGAUCAGUAAUUAGACUGUUCUGUGUUCUUUUCAUUCAAAUACUGUGCUAGCAAUGCAAAGUGUGUGGCCCUCGUAGCAUUAUCGUGCUGCGUCCGUCUCAUAGUUUCCCUUGAAUUAGAUCUGCCAUGUUUGAUUCUGAUUUCUUCUUCCUGUAUUGCUUAUUAAGUAGCCAGAUGAUGGUAACAUUGUGGUUAUACAAAGCCGGUGAUCAAUGACUCCAAGUCUAAUGACAUGAACAUUAACUCAAUUGAACUUGCAUACACCUUUUUAGAUACCAUCUGAAAAGUUUUUCAACCCCAUUUCACAACAAAUCAAAAGCCAUCGGAACCCCAGAAUAUGGAGCAUGUCCUAGAAUUCCUAAACAGAGCCAUGGAUGAACGAGCCGAGAACAUAACGCGACAUCUAACAGUCGAAACUUUUGAUUUGGGUCUAUUAUGAAGUACAGUAGUUUAUCACGGGAAACCUCUUACAAAGGUCAACAAAACAUUCCAAAUCCGACAUAUGUGUUUGAGAUCAAUUUCAAGGUCGAAAUUUUUCCAUAUGACGGGUUCACGACGCCAGAAUGGUUUAUUUGUGAUUGGCGGGUAGGAUUGCAGGCAUUUUUUACCCUGCUGUGACAAGGAAAUGCCAGGUUUGCGCAACUAGACAACUAUGAUUUGUAGUUGCUCGCUCUUCUUCUAUUAGACUAAUGUUAUUGUGCACAUUCCUUUUGUUGAAUAACCAUCUCCGUAUCGGCCUCAGCAUCGCUCCCACGUCCCAAAAUUCGGCAGCUGGGACAGGGGCGAGGACGAUGUUCGAUACACGGCCUACUUUGAUAAUGCACGCCAAGAGAAAGCCGGAGUUGGGAUAAAUCCUAAUGACCCCGAGGAGAAUCCAGAGGCCUUCAUGCCUGGACCCGAUCGCGACGUGGAAAAGAUUUUCAAUUCAGUCCAAGCAGUUUCAUCCACGAAAAGACAAGGCAGCCAAGUAAGUGCCGGCGCUCAUAGAAGAAGCCAUUCCGAUCAACCAAAAGCAGGUUAUGCUUAUGGCUUGUCUUCAUCGAUGCAAAGAGGCGUGAGGUACCCAAGAGAAAGGGAUGCAAGCAAUCCAUGUGAUCAUCCUGUAAGUACCUUUAUAAUUCAGAAGCUAUCUCUAUAGCAAAUAACAAAGUAUUCUUUCAGUGUAUCGAUAAGCGUCUGCCUUAAAAAGCAAUCAGAACAUGGAUGGAAUGGAAUCUGUAGGGAAUGCAAGUUUCGAAGUUUAUGAUCUCUAAUAUGGUUAGCUACGUGAAAAGUCUUGAUGAUGAAAUAUACAUUCUUCCAGUGAAAUCAUCAAGAAUAUAAUUCAGGAAAGAUUGAAGGGCUGAUUAACUUCAAUCUACGUGAGGAAAUUCCUAAUAAGCUGAUUCUUUUUAACUGUGAAUUGCAUUGUUUGCUGGAAGUUCGAUUGAUCACUCUCUGGCUUGACUGUACAUUGCCUCCUAAUUUUAAGAACGGUCCGGAUCAUCGUUUCUAUAGGCAAAGGGGCAAACUAAUGGAGAUUUGAUCGUGUCUCGGUGUGAACAGGAAGAAGCUUCAUGACUUAUAAGUUGAUUGAUCGACAUCACCUCCGAAAUUCAGUGCAUCAUCAGAAGAAAACUGAUACUGGUUUUCAGCACAGCAUUAUUUCCUUAACAUCUAGGACCCAGAUAUGAACUCAGGGAUCAAUUAUAUGCUGCACGUAUAGUAUCACGUUCUCGUGAAGGGAUGUCCUGGUCUUGUCCUUGCACGAUUCGCGCUGUCACUGUAUCUAGAAAAGAUCUCUUGAAAUACAUUGGAAUGUUAGACAGACUUGUUUCUUGUAUACGCAUGCUUUGUGCUUCAAUUCAUGCUCUCAAGUUGCAUGCAAUCAACCUUGGAAACGAACUGGCCACAGAAACGCUCGAGUGCUCCCAGACACGGCAACUUGGGCAAUGUUAGGAUUCCACACGCAGCAUGUUCUGGGAGCGCACGCCUAGACAAAACCAGCACAAAGAUGAUAUCAAAAGACCCUGAGGUGAAUCCAGGUGCCUUUUCGCGUAGGACAGGAGGGACUUGUAGUUUCUUCCGUUCGAGUUCGACCAAAUCGAGUUUGCCCGGGAAACAACAGGGGGCCCGCAGUGCCGAUUCUCACAGGAGGAGCUUUUCCAAUGAACUAAAGAAAAAGAGCUUCAGCGCUAAAAAAGGCUUCUCGCCAUCAGUUCAAAGAAGCUCGAGGCCCUCGGGACAGGGGAAAAGAGGUCGACCAGUGGAUGACUCCCAUCUCGGAGCAACACCCGUACCGGUGUUCGGCGACUGGGACGAGACUGAUCCGAAAUCAGGAGAAGGCUACACCGAGAGGUUCAACCGCAUAAAGGAAGAAAAAGAGAACGCCUCUAUCAACUCGCAACCCGUGCUCUCGAUUCCGAUCAAUUACUCAGACAGUCCAACCAAGGAGCGAGUCCUUUCUUACCUAUUCAAGGUAGCAUUUCUUGAAUUAGUAUUAUAAGCAGGUAAAGGCUCUUUCUGCAACCAAUUCCAAACUUGUUGCAGAAAUCUAAGUUGAUAGUACUCUGUUGGUACUUGAUCAAUUACGCCCUCGAGGUAUCAAUAUUUGUGCCAUUCUAGUUCUUGACAUCGGUC